UUAAGAAUUCCAUUGCUCCUUUCCUAGCAUUUGUUUCAAGAACUUUAACAGCAACUGUCCUGCACAUACUGGUGAUUUGAGCUUUGUAAAUAAGAAAGUCAUGAAAAGAACAUCAUUAAUGGCGUAAUUAAAUAAAUUCAGUAACUGUUCGCCAAAAGAGAGAGAAUUAACAAUUGAUAAAUCUCACCUUGUUUAUCAUAUGAAAAUGUUUCCAAUACAAACUUGUAAGAGUACAUACUUUGGUAUUCUGCUUGCGCCGAUCAAGGGCCUUCCAGCCACUGGGACAUGUUACUCCGUCCAUCCAGAUGUCUGGGGUGAAUGUGGAUGGGAAUUGUUGUUGCUCGCUGAGCACCUUGUUUCUAGGAUAACUUCAAAACUAGCACGAGAUUUGAAUAUUUGUCUUGGCUUUAAGGGUUAUAUCAAGAAGCAGGAUAAUUGACCAAACAAUUCAAGAAGCAGUAGCCAGUAGGCUUUAAAAUGAUAAUAUUCGGCCAUUUAAAUUUUAAAGGAAAAGUUCAUUGGUAUUGGGACUAGGAAGCAGAUACUAUCUUUGCUAGUUGAGCCUUUUGAAACUUAAAUAAAUUGCAAGGCAUUGUUAAUUUCUUAGGGCAUGUCCCGCAUUAUAAUCAAGUCAAUAAAGAUUAUGUCAAGUGCUGUUUCAUAACGCGUAUCUAGUUGUUUACUUAAUUAACAUUGUAACUCUCUUGCUUUUGGUAUUAAAAUCUUGAUUUCAUA